CUGUUAUAUUUACAUGAUGAUUAAAUGUUAUUGAAAAAGUAGGGAGAAGAUGAUAAAAUUAUGCUUAAUAAUUGCUCAAGAGCCAGUUUUAAUAUUUAAGGUUUCAGCUACGGUUAAAAUUUUAUAAACGUGAAAUAGAAAUAAUGGCAAAUCUACAAGCCUCGCCUAAUUUUGGACCGAAAUGCGAUUUUGAAGUUGUUCGUGAAGCUGUCAGAGAUCCUAGAAUUAUAGUUAUUGAUGUGAGAGAACCAAAUGAACUGAUAGAAGCAGGAAAAAUAGAAGGAACUGUAAACGUACCCUUAGGAGAGGUACAAGUUGCCUUAGGACCAGAAGUGAGUAAGGAGGAAUUCAGAAAACGAUAUUCUGCACAUAAGCCUGAUAAAGAGUUUCCAAUAAUUUUUACAUGCAGAUCAGGAAGAAGAAGUGGUAUAGCUCAAAAAACAGCGUUUGAUUUGGGUUAUACGAGGGUGUCGAAUUAUACAGGUGGAUGGCUAGAUUGGGAAAAACACACACAAGGACGUUAAAUACUUACCAAAUCCGCUAAAUUGUUGUCUUUCAAAUAAUAAGAAUGCAAUCCUUUAGCAGCUUCUUCAUUAUGCCUUUUUAUUUUUUCCAGGUUUGUUAACCAGGCUUCUUUUUUAAAAAUGUCAUGGUAGUCUGUGUAACUCUUAUUGAAUCUGCUCUGUAAAUUAGGGGUAAUGUUAAAUAUAUGUUUAA